AUGGAGGCUAAGUGCGAGAGCCCGUGGGCCCUGGGGCUGCUGCGUACCUUCGAAGCUGGCGAGUUUGCAGGCUGGGAGAAGGUUGGCUCGGGCGGCUUCGGUCAGGUGUACAAGGUGCGCCACGUCCACUGGAAAACGUGGCUGGCCAUCAAGUGUUCGCCGAGCCUGCAUGUCGACGACAGGGAGCGCAUGGAACUCUUGGAAGAAGCCAAGAAGAUGGAAAUGGCCAAAUUCCGUUACAUUCUCCCUGUGUACGGCAUAUGCCGAGAACCUGUGGGCCUGGUCAUGGAGUACAUGGAGACAGGCUCCCUGGAGAAACUGCUGGCUUCAGAGCCGCUGCCCUGGGAGCUGCGCUUCCGCAUCACCCACGAGACCGCGGUGGGCAUGAACUUCCUACAUUGCAUGUCCCCGCCACUCCUUCAUCUGGACCUCAAGCCCGCCAACAUCCUGCUGGAUGCCCACUACCACGUUAAGAUUUCUGAUUUUGGGCUUGCCAAGUGCAAUGGGCUGUCCCACUCACACGACCUCAGCAUGGACGGACUGUUUGGCACCAUCGCCUAUCUCCCUCCAGAGCGCAUCCGUGAGAAGAGCCGGCUGUUUGACACCAAGCAUGAUGUAUACAGCUUUGCCAUCGUUCUCUGGGGGAUACUCACACAGAAGAAACCGUUUGCAGAGGAGAAGAACAUUCUGCACAUUAUGGUGAAGGUGGUGAAGGGGCACCGUCCUGAGCUUCCCCCUGUCUGCAGACCCCGGCCUCGAGCCUGCAGCAACUUGAUCCGCCUCAUGCAGCGGUGCUGGCUGGAUGACCCACAAGCCAGGCCCACUUUCCAAGAAAUUACUUCUGAGACUGAGGACUUGUGUGAAAAGCCCGAUGAUGAAGUGAAAGAAACAGCUCAGGAUCUAGAUGCAAAACGUCCCCCGGAGGCCAAGAGUGAGGUGAUGCCUGCGUCCACGCCCCUCAAGCGUGCCUCGGCCCCAGCACUUGAUAAUGACUACAGCCUCUCUGAGCUGUUAUCGCAGCUGGACUCUGGGAUUUCUCAGACCAUCGAGGGCCCGGAAGAGCUCAGCCGCAGCUCCUCAGAAUCCAAACUCCCCUCAUCGAGCAGCGGCAAAAGGCUCUCGGGGGUCUCUUCCGUCGAUUCUGCCUUCUCAUCCAGAGGGUCCUUGUCCUUGUCUUUUGAGCGGGAGCCCUCAACAGGUGAGCUCAGCACCACAGACAUUCAGAAGAAGAAGCUGGUGGAUGCCAUCAUGUGUGGGGACACCAGCCGGCUGAUGAAGAUCCUGUUGCCCCAGGAUGUGGACCUGGUCCUGGAGGGCAGUGCCAGCCUCCUGCAUUUGGCUGUGGAGGCUGGCCAGGAAGAGUGUGUCAAGUGGCUCCUACUCAACAAUGCCAACCCCAACCUGACCAACCGGAAGGGCUCCACGCCCCUGCACCUGGCUGUCGAGCGGAGGGUGCGAGGUGUCGUGGAACUGCUGCUGGCCCGCAAAAUCAGUGUCAACGCCAAGGAUGAAGACCAGUGGACAGCCCUGCACUUCGCUGCCCAAAACGGGGACGAGACCAGCACGCGGCUGCUACUGGAGAAGAAUGCCUCUGUCGACGAGGCAGACUGCGAGGGCCGCACACCUGUGCACGUGGCCUGUCAGCACGGCCAGGAGAGCAUCGUGCGAAUCCUGCUGCGCCGCGGUGUGGACGCUGGCCUGCAGGGCAAGGAUGCCUGGGUCCCACUGCACUAUGCCGCCUGGCAGGGCCACCUGUCCAUUGUGAAGCUGCUGGCCAAGCAGCCAGGCGUGAGUGUGAAUGCCCAGACGCUAGACGGGAGGACACCCCUGCACCUGGCCGCCCAGCGUGGGCACUACCGUGUGGCCCGCAUCCUCAUUGACCUGCGUUCCAAUGUCAACAUCUACAACCAGCUCUCGCAGACGCCUCUGCACGUGGCCGCUGAGACUGGCCACACAAGCACCUCGAGGUUGCUCCUGCACCGUGGUGCUGAGAAGGAGGCGCUCACCACCGAGGGCUGCACGGCUCUGCACCUGGCCGCCCGGAAUGGACACCUCGCCACUGUAAAGCUGCUGGUGGAGGAGAAAGCCAAUGUGCUGGCCCGUGGACCACUGAACCAGACGGCCCUUCACCUGGCCGCCGCUCAUGGACACUCGGAGGUGGUGGAGGAGCUGGUCAGUGCUGCCAGCAUCAACCUGAAUGAUGACCGGGGUCUCAGUGCUCUGCACCUGGCCGCUCAGGGUAGGCAUGCAAAGACAGUGGCUGUGCUCCUCAAGCACGGGGCCCACAUUAACCUACAGAGCCUCAAGUUCCAGGGCGGCCAGCAGCUGGGUGGAUCACCUGACCACAGCCCUGUGUCCACACUCCUCCGAAGAAGUAAAACCUAG